CACCACCAUAUGAGGUCAAAGGCGUUGGUACGUCUAAUCAACAGCUCAUUAACCAUCUAGAACUCAGUUGAUACACCGCACAACACUGCGUUGCUCGUCGCGGGAUUUAACAGUGUUUCUUUUUCCUUGCCGCACUCGCCCCCAUCUGGAUCAUCGACUGACUCAGACGAUGUAAGUUUAUGCUGUUUGCCGCUGCAGAUCAGUGCAUGGCUAUGGAAACCCUGGCGGGAACGGUGUCUCUCAAAGUUAACAAGGUAGCCGGAUUAGUGGCUACUGUGAUGCUUUUCCUGUUCAACUUCUUCUUUGCUGGUCAGAUGCGAAGGCACUGUACUCGUCAUGACUACCGGACUUUUUACGAGCUAUAACAAAGCAUAUGAUUGGAUGUGUCUCUGUCCUU